AUGGAGACCAAACUAAGAGCUACAAUCCUGAUUGUUUCGGACACAGCCUCGGAGGAUCCCGCUCGCGACAAGGUCGUCGAUGCACUCACGCCCAUCCUGGCCGCGGAGGGGAAGUGGGAACCCCCCGCAUUCAAGAUCGUCCCGGACGACAUGGUCCAGAUCCAACAGGCGGUUUGCGACUGGACCGAUGGCCCUGAUUGGUACAAUCUUGUUCUUCUCAGCGGAGGAACAGGUUUUGCUAUCAGAGACAAUACCCCCGAAGCAGUGUCACCCCUGAUACAGCGCCAUGCGCCGGGUCUAGUACACGGCAUGAUUGCUGCCUCGCUCAAAGUAACUCCCUUUGCUAUGAUGGCCAGACCAGUCGCUGGUGUUCGUGAGAAGACUUUGAUUAUUACUUUACCGGGUUCACCUAAAGGAGCCAUGGAGAACCUCGACGCUGUUGUUAAGCUUCUCCCGCAUGCCUGUCUACAGUCUGCCGGUGCCAAUUCACGGAAUCUCCAUGCUGGAGGCGUGAGGAAACUGGAAUCAGACGCUGGCAUUGGUGAUAAUCAACACCACCAUCAUCAUCAUCACCAUCACCACCAUGGCCAUGAUCAUGGACAUGGACACAAGGUCCCCAGAGCGCAUACGUCGCCGUCCGAAAGGCCGCAGUCCAAUGACCCCAGCGCAGGACCCCAUCGGCGCUAUCGCUCCUCGCCUUACCCAAUGCUGUCUGUAGAUGAAGCACUCCGGCGGAUCAAUGAACAAACCCCCGAGCCAGAAGUCAUUGAAGUCCCAGUGACUACGUCGUUGAUUGGAUCAGUCAUCGCCGAAGACGUCUAUGCUGCCGAAGCCGUGCCAGCGUAUCGAGCUAGUAUCGUGGAUGGCUACGCCAUCAUCGCACCAGGCUCCAGCGCCGACAACCAGUCCACAAAGGGCAUCUUCCCCGUAGCCUCUAUCACCCAUGCCAACAUCGGUGGCAAUCUGGAGCCACUGCAACCGGGCACAAUCGCUAGAAUCACCACAGGCGCCCCUCUCCCCCCGAAUGCAAAUGCCGUAGUCAUGGUCGAAGAUACCGUCUUGGAUUCUUGCACGCCUGAUGGCAAAGAAGAAGCCACGAUCGAAAUCCUUGCCGAAGACAUCGAGCCCGGCGAGAAUGUGCGCGAGCCUGGUAGCGAUGUCACACUAGGCUCAAAGAUUGUCGCCCGCGGCGACCUAAUCAGCCCCGUUGGUGGAGAGAUAGGCUUACUAGCAUCAACGGGUACCAAGACUGUCAAGGUCUUCAGGAAACCACGCGUAGGCGUUUUGAGCACCGGCGAUGAGCUCGUGGAACACAAUGACCCAUGCAUCCUCACUGGCGGGCAGAUCCGAGACUCCAACCGACCAUCACUACUCUCAUGUUUAAAUUCAUGGGGCUUCGAAACGGUCGACCUCGGCAUCGCUCGCGACACACCAGCCAGCGAGCUCGAGCAUGCCCUCCGCGACUCCCUACGGGGUAUCGGCCGGGCCUCCGCCAGCGUCGACGUGAUCAUCACAACCGGCGGCGUCUCAAUGGGCGAGCUCGACCUCCUCAAACCAACAAUUGAACGCUCCCUCGGCGGCACCAUUCACUUCGGCCGCGUCGCUAUGAAACCAGGCAAGCCAACCACCUUCGCAACCGUCCCUUUCAAAGCAUCCGGCGGUGCCACAUCCUCCCAGCAGGAACGCCAAUCAAAACUCAUUUUCUCGCUUCCCGGAAACCCGGCCUCCGCCCUCGUCACUCUCAAUCUGUUCGUCCUCCCCUCGCUGCACAAGCUCACAGGACUGGGCCACAGCUCCCAGGCAGUCAGCUCCAGGCCUUGGCUCGCGCCACAACUUGGUCUUCCGCGCGUCGCUGUCGUACUCACGCAUCAUUUCCCGCUUGACCCCAAGCGUACGGAAUACCACCGUGCUGUAGUGACGGCGUCGCGCUCUGAUGGCCGGUUGUACGCGACGAGUACGGGUCUCGAGGGCGCUGGACAGCGGUCCUCGAAGGUCGGUAGCCUUGCCAAGGCGAACGCCUUGGUUGUGCUACGGCCCGGACGAGGCAUUGGUAUCAAGGGCGAGAUUGUGGAAGCUUUGUUGAUGGGAGAUGUGCAUGGGUCGGACACCCGAGUCAUUUGCUAG